AUGUCCCAAGAAGCCCAGCCCUCUGAAACAUUCUCGCAGCCUCCCACCAUCCCCGAAGACACUAGGUGGUGUUACACCUGCAAUAAACAGAAGCCAAAGGAUAGCUUUCGGGCACCUCAAGCUUCUGGGAGGGAUUUCUACAAACUGUGUGAGGCUUGCCGCACAAAGUAUCGAAAUAGAUCGCGAGCUAAAAGGGCCAAAGGAAACGGGGGACGAGUUCGGCCGUACUAUCUCCCCAAGUCAGCACCCCAAACCAAGACCCAUCUUAGCGACUCGGAGACUGAACAUACCCUUGCAAGUACUGGUGCUGCACCGACCACCACACUACCUGAGCAACCAAAACAUGUACAUGCAGAUUCUGGUCACCAUAUACAUGUCACAGUUGCACCCCCCGUUGUCGAAAGAUCUGCGCAAAGCACAACAACAACUACUGUCAUCACCUUUUCAACAACUACCGUCUCUAAGGAUGUGACGGAAACCCAAUCCAAACCGGUGGAGGACGCAAAGUCUGCACGAGACUGUCCUCAAGAGGUCAAAGAGGAAGACCUAGAGUCACUGUCAAGUGGACCAGGAUCCGAGCCACAAAGCGAGAUCAGUGGAAGUUCAAACCAGCGUCCUGAAUUCUUUGGCUGUCUACACUGUGAAAAACUUCGCCCGUGGCCAAUGGCGGCACUUCAUAUCUGUUUGCUCUGUAUUCGAGACUGGAAGUGGUGUGCGAAGGGGGCCCACAAUCAAGCGAAGGCGAGCUUCUUAUGGGAUGAUGUGGAGCAUGAUGAGUGCUACAUAUGUUAUUUUGCGGGGAUCUAA